CCCAUAAGAAAAUUCUACAAAUGGAUACUAUUCUAUCCAAAAUAGCACGCGGCACCGGAAAGACCUGAAGCCAAAAAGACUGGACCCCUUGGAUCACCGAUCUUAUAAGCUCAAUCUUCCCGGCAUACGAGAUCGUUUUAGUAUUCCAUGCAUUCAAGAAAUCCAAGAUCGUAUCAAGUAGCCUGUCGUCCUUCGUAUUUUGUGAGGACGACGUGGUGAUCUGCCUGAUUUAAGAUGGGCAAUUUUGCGGUCCUUUUCGUCUUUAAACACCUUCAGCCUACCUGGGCGUUUUUGCCUCAAUGGUGUCCGAUAUGGUGUCUGGGGAUUUUUUUUACUUCCUCUUUACUUCUUUGAGCGAGGAGUGGAGAUCCUUCUUUCAGGCUCGGCCGAAGGGGUUUCUAUUCCUUUGACUGGUAUAGUGUCCAGGAGGGCAAUAGUUAGCCCUCUGGCGCUGGAUCAACCUUUUAACUUGGGGAGGUCCCGUCGCCCAUUUAUGACGCGAGCUUGGCUUUUGGUCGGUUACUGACGACUGCUUUUCGUUAAACCCAAGGAUAGGGAUCACCUCGGCCGUUCUUUCAGUCCUGUCGUCCUUCGAACUUUGUGAGGACGACGUAGUAACCUCCUAAUUUUAGAUGGGCCAUUCUGCGAGCCUUUUUUGUCUUUGAUUCCUCCGGCCUACCCGGGUGUUUCGCCUUAAUGGUAGCUGAUAGGGUUGUUUUAGUUGUGUGGCAUCCUUUACUUAAAUUUACAAAAAAAAAGCGGAACACAGUUUGUGCGUUGUUCAUGGCAACGGCUUUUGGGCGACACGAUUAGUGUCUCGGGGAAUGAGGUGUAUCGUUUACCGCUUUUAGGCAUAAUGUUGUGUGCGGUCGAUAGCGGCUCUCAUCUCUAGGUGCCCGAGUCACCAAAUAAAGGUGACCGAGGUAGGCCGAGGAACCUAAAUACAAUCUGAAUCAUCAAAUAAAGAUGUUCAGUGGACUAGAGCUCAGGUUGCACCACUUUGGGGAUUUUAACCGACUCGAACAGUGAGAAUAAUGACAGCUCUACUAUUAAUUCCAUAUUUAAUGCAUAAGUAGGAGAAACAUUUGUGGCACUUAGCUCCAUUUAAUGCAUAGUUGCGGUCUGGAUGAUAGAGAUUCCAAGCCCAGGAAAAUUGACUAGCCCAAUAUUGCUAGCCCAGCAGGUAAUUUGAGCUUUAGAUAACCUCUGCUUUGUAAUUCAAUCCGCUGGGGAGGAACUGGGUCGCGAAAAGCGAAGGGGCCUUUGACUUCGACUUUGGUCGGCGCGAAAUGGGCAGGACGGGGGGUACAUCUCUAGGCGGACAAGGCCCUCAUCGCAGAUGAUGUGUUCCAGUUGCAUGUGCCUCAGAUCGACGUCGGGGUGCAGGAAUUGGCUACGGGCGUGGAAGCUGAGGGCUCACCGGCUGGAGAUAUAGAGGCUAGGCCGAUGUGGGAUCCCCUAUUACUCCCAGUACAAGGGCGUAGUCUCGCUGACGAACACCGUGAAAUUGUGUCGAUGGUUCGUGAUGGAUAGUGUACCCGGGGGGUAUAUAUCCGAGGGGUUAUUGCUGAGAAUAACUUAGAGAGAAGUCAGAGCAUAAGUAAGUAAGAGAGAGUGUGUAUUCAGUAUGAAUGUCGUGGUUACAAAUGGGGAAAUGGGGUGCUAUUUAUAGUAGCAAUAAAUGCCAGAUAGGGACACGUGUCAAGCAUCCAUUGGCCGAGAGGUCACAUCAUCCGGUUGGCGCUGGCAACCGCAUGUGGCCGCAUUUAAUGCGGCUGUUGGAUGGGACGUUGCACAGGGUACGGUGAUCUGUACGCUCGUGGAGAGGAGAUCUUGUCGAGUGAGGUUCCUUCGGCUAUAGAGCAGUAGUCGAGGGCUCCUCAAACCGAGGGCACCCCUGGUGCCGAGGGCUCCUGGUGCCGAGGGCUACUGUUCUCGCCGUUUUUCUCCCAGUUUCUUAGUUUGCUUGAGAAACCCGUUCUGUGAGAGUUUAGAGCCUUCGGCCAGGGGGUCGAAGGCACCCCUGGUGCGCUGUGGGCUGCUUGGUACUCCGGGCGCCAUGAUUUGGGCAUGUUGGGCCUUCUGGGCCUGUUGGGCCUUUACUGGAGUAGUAGGAGUCUGUGGGCCGGGGGUUCCCGGGCCAUAUACUCCAUCAGGAGUCCCUCACUCCUUUUGCCGAAAGGUACUUGAGGGAAAAGGAGUAAUUUGUGCUUGCCCUUUGAUGUUGUCCUGUCGUAAUCUCUGAAGUUGGUGAAGAGUUGUUGCUUUCAUGUCCCUGCCGAAGGCAGUCCCUCAGUUACCCACAUGUCGGGACUUGAGGGCUUGUUUUGCCGUUUGUUGGGAAUUUUCACCAUUUUUGUAAUUUUAAUGAUUUUCCCGAGGGGGUCCUCCAGUCCCCCACUCCUUGAGCCACUUGUCAAGUGGUGAAAAGGAGUAGAGUGGUUGCGUUCGUGUUGUGGGCCGAAGGCUGGCGCUUUUCGUUUCAUUUUGGGGGGAUGCCUCGUUAAAAACCUCAUUAGGAAAAACCCUGUGGGAUAAAAUCCUAAUGAGGGAAAAAGAGUGCACCGAAUUCCCCCAACGAUGAAUCGAAAAUGUGAAAUCUUGGUUUUAAAAAUGGAGAGAAAUGGUAAUGCUGAAGGCUCCCCUUGUUCUGAGGGCUCAUGUGUUGAUUAGCCGGAGGCUUUGUUGUUGAUGUCCUGGGGGCGCCGAAGGGGAGUCCCUCAAUCUGGGGAUCGAGGGCGUAAUGAAUGUGGGUAGCAGUCGAGUUGUUACCGGGGGGUCCCCUGCUUGCUGGUUAGUUGGUGAUGAGGAUAUCCGAGGGCUCCCAUUACCUGUGUGCUGUAGGCUAUUCCGUCAAUGGGGCAUACUCCCUGAGGGCUACCCGGUCCUUACAGUGCUGAGCGGGAAUCCCCGAGGGGUGCCCUGUCAUGAAGCCUUGGGCUUCUGAAGGAGUGAUCCCGAAGGUGUCUGUUAUGUGCUGUGUGGGGCCCAACCCGGGGGCAUCUCUGGGUAAGUUUACCCGGAGGUUCUCCUUGAUGAAGUGGAGUGAAAUAGAAAACCCGGGGGCUUCCAGAAUAUAGCCGUUGGAAAUAUAGCCGUUGGAAUAUGUAUCGGCGGGAUAUAGCCGUUGGGGGAGGAGGACACGUGGCGCGUGACGGUUGGCUGCCCGUGGGCGGCGUCACCGGUUGGGUGAAAACACGGCGCGUAAUGAUGACGGUCCGUCCGGAGGCCCGGUUUCCGGGCCCAAGCCCGGAUUCCAGCGCCUAUAAAUACCCCGGAGCCAGAGUCAUUUCUUCUUGCGCGAUCACCUGUCUUAGCGAAGCUCUGUCGGAAUUUUUCUAGAGAGAGAAAAUCACCCUCGAUCACAGCAACUUUCAGAGGUCAGUUCUUCCUUCGUUCCUCACCGUUUUUCGUACGCUUUUGCUCCCCGGCCUUAGGUUAGGUGUUAUAGCUUUGUAGAGAACCCUCGAUUUAGGAGUCUUAGCUUAAGUACACCAAGGAUGUCGUCCCAAAGCGACUCGCAGAAUAUCUCGAGGGAGCCCUCGGUUGAGGACGAGGUUGCUUCUGAUGUCGAGUCAACUAGCAGUGCGCCCUCGGUUGCCGAUGACGAAGCCGUAGCCUUGGAGUUGCAGAAGGCCCUUGCUGCUGAAGUGGAAGCCGAGGGCUUCGAACAGGAGUGCGAAGAUGAAGAAUUAGCCUUCGCGUAUCAGGUGGCGGAGGAUGAAGCUCAAAAGGAGGCGAUGACGGUUACUGUUGUUGUGCCACCCCCUCGGAAUGACUGUGGUGAGCCUAGUACCUCCAGGCCGUUGGACCCGACGCCUCUGAGGAUGGCCUCCGGCAAUAAAAGGAAGAUGAAGUCGAAGAGGGCUGUCCCCAAGAAGAAGGGUGUUGCCGCUGGUGCUGGGGGGCCGGUUGAAAUGCCAGAGGGGUAUACCUGGCUAAAUACCGAGGCCCUCGAUAUCAAGUCGAAGGCGGACAAGGCGGAUUUGUACGUCACGCAGCUGCACGUUGGGCCCUCGGCCGAAGUGGUGGAGCCAGGCGUCGAUGAUUUGCUGUCCCGGCCACCCAAGGGAUGUAUUGCCGUCCACAUCCUGUCGGUGUCAAUGGGCCUCCGGUUCCCCCUGCACCCAUUUCUCCGGGAGUACCUCAGGUUCGUUGGACUCAUCCCUUGCCAACUUACCCCCAACAGCCAUUCAUAUAUUGCUGGCUUCCUGCACCUGUGCCGGACGAGGGAUGUUACCCCAAGCUUAGAUCUCUUCUUCCAAAGCUUCAACUUGUGCCGAGGGGGGCACGCGAGUGCUGAGGGCUUCGCCAAUUUGCAGCAGGUAGCGAAGUUCAAGUUGUUCACCGAGGCGCCCUCGUCCAACAAGGGCUGGAAAGACAGAUGGUGCUAUGUCCGGUUGGCCGAGAACCCCUUCCCGAGGGAGCUACGGGACCGCUUUCGGCGCCACGAGAAGGUGGGGAGUAUCGCCCUAGAGAAGGAUGGCCUGAAACUCGCCAAGAUCCCGGAGGGCAAGAAGAAGGUCGUGACGAUCAAAGAAUGUACUUUUGAGGAUGACUUGCAUGCCCUCGGGUUCCAACGGUACCGGUUCAUCGGGGAAACAGACGAGAAGUAUCUCGUCUUCGCUGAGGCCUUCGGGGGAGCAGGAGGUAGUCUACGAGGGCCCUUAGUCUCGUAUUUAGGCAUUCUUACUUUGCAUCCCGAUAGUUGUCUGUUGUAUGGAUCCUUCGAGUUAAUCUUUUCUUUUCAUUGUUUUGCAGGUAUGUAGGCUCUUUUUGCAAUGAAAAAGAAGAAGGAGAGGGCUCAGGCCCAGAAGAAGGAGAAGAAGGAGCCCUCGGGCCAAAAGCCCAUUGAUGAGAUUUUCCCGAAGGAGGUUGCGGAGCCUUCUGUUGAUGCUGCUCCUGCUACUGUGGCCGGGGGGCCGAAGGCCGAGGUGGCCGCCAAGAAGAAAAAGGGAGGCAAGGGGGUGGAGCCCCCGAUCAAGAAAUAGAAGGUUGCCGGGGGCGCCGUUGAAUUGGCGGGCCCCCUCAUAGUAAUUGAUGAUCAGCCCUCCGCUGACCCCCCGGCCAUUGACACUCCGAUGGCUCAAACAGACCUUCCCCCGGGGAACCUGCCUCGGGAGAUAAUUCAGCUCUCCCUCGCUCCGGGGGCAUCUGUGUUGCACGGUUCAGCUGAACCGAUGUCUUUCCUGAGGGGGAUUACCUCGAUGAUGGAUAAGGAAGCCCUCUCCACCUAUGACGACGACGCCCUCGAAAGCAAGGCCCUUCGAUCAUCUCUGGCUGCAUGUAUAACCUUCGGUGAGCAGGCCCGAAGGCGCGAGGAGUGGCGCCGUCAUAAGGCCGAGCUAGAGAAGUCCGUGAAGGAGCUGAUCCACGACAAGGACGCUACCCUCCGGGAGGUGUGCAAGCUGGAGGACGCCCUUCGGCAAGCGGAGCUGAGGCUGAAGGAGGCCAGAGAUGACGGCAAGGCCGAGGGCAAGGCAGAGGCCGAGAGGGUUGCGGCCGAGGAGAGAAAGCAAGCGGCUGAGGACGCCGAAAAGGCCAAGGCCGAAGCUGUUGUCAAAGCCCGAGAAGAGGCCAUCGCUGGGUUCAUCUCCGAGGGUUGGAAGGCCGAGGUCCAGAGGGAGUGGGUGGCCUCUGUGGUGAAGGCCUCGAUCGAGGAGCGGGUGAAGGGCCCCGGGCUCGACUGGAUGAACGAGAGGGGUGACACCUAUUAUCAAGCCGGCGAGUUCUUCACCCAGCACCUGGUUUACCGGAGGCUCGCCCGGCAUUUUGGCACCUCCCUGGAUGAGUUUAACCCCUCUGUGUAUGGCCUCCCCCCAUUGCAGCCAGAUGUGAGAGUCCCCCUCCCCGAGGGAGAAGAGCGCCCGGUGAUUCAUGAUUCUAUGAUGAUGGGCGGCGAUGAUGAUGCCGAGGACGCCACCGGGGAGGAGGUUACUUCGAAGCCAUCGGAGGAGGCGGCCCCCGGGAAUGAUGUUGUUGAUUUGUAAUAUGUACUUAGUAAACGUUUGGGCUUACUUGUAAUGGUGACAUUUGUAUGAUUCCGGCCUUGGCCAUUGCUGUAACAAUUACAUUUAUUUUUUUUGUGAUGGAUGAAAGUUAGCCCUCGGGCCUUGCGUAUUUGACUUGUUCUCUUUAAUAUAUUUCCUCUCGAAUGUAUGCCGUCGUCUCCUCUUGA